UGAUCAAGGUACAUAAUACUCUGUCUCAGUGAGCAGUGCUGUGUCUUCAGAAAGCCACAUCCACGAGGACAGGAGCAUGGCACUAAACUGCCAAUCAAACAGUCAGGAGGUUCUUUGGAAAGAUGUUGAAGUUGGGACGGAGAAGAAGAGCAGGUACCGUGGCUACCAUCUGGGGGCGAUUGUACUGAGCCUGCUACUCCUGUCUCUGACCCUCUGUGUGUUCAGCAUGAAGCAGUUCUGGUCUGCCAGCCCCGGACGGGUAUAUGAUCUUAGGUAUAAAGUGGUGAUGGAUGGUGCCGAAACAGAGAGUGUCAUGGAGAUUGACCCCGCCCACCGUCUUGAGAUCUUCAGGAUGGGAAAUGGGAGUGAAGAAGUUCUGGAGAUUCAUGACUUCAAAAAUGGACUGACAGGGAUUCGGUUUGCUAAACAACAGAGAUGCUACAUCAAGAGCCAAACCAAGGAGCUUCCAGAACCAACAGCAAUGGAACCUGAAGACAACGAGAUGCCGGUGGAUGAUGUCUCAGUUGUUCCAGAGGAGGAAUUGCAGGUGUGGGUCCCGUCUGCUGAGCCCAUUGCGAACCGCGCCUUCCUGCUUGACUCCAAGAUCUCAGAAAUCUGCCAGAACCUCCCCGUACACUGGAUCCACCCUUCCCCUCUGAAAGAUGUGGACUUCCCAGACACAGAGAACACUGAGGAGACACCAAUGGUCAGAGGUCAACGCCAGGUCAGGGACGUUCUAGGCCACCAGCAAGUCAAUGACUAUAGAGAAUCCGGAGUGGAGCUGGACAACAGGCUGGAUGAGCGGGGAUACUGCUGCCAGUACUGUCGACGUAGCCACCGCUACUGCCGCCGCUACCACGAGCCCUUGGGCGGCUACUGGCCCUACCCUUACUACUACCAGGGUGGCCGCGUCAUCUGCCAAAUCGUCAUGCCCUGCAACUGGUGGAUCGCCCGCAUGCUCGGAAGGGUCUGAAGGGGAAUCGCAGGGUCCGGGGUGCUCUCGGCAAAGGACAGUUUGUGUGGACGUUGAUGGUAUCCAGCUGGAAGUGUACCGUAGUCAGUUUUUGUUUUGGGUUUCCGGUGCGAAUUGGUACUACAGCGGGCGGUGUUCCUGGAGAGAGGGGGCGCGCUUCCAAUAUCUAUCACAUUAGGCUCUUCAGAGUGAAGUGGUGCCCACGGUGCUCCGACAAACCCCAAUAACCACAGGCAGUGAAAACAUCUUCAUAGCCAAUUCAUCGCUGUCAGCUCGCUAAAGUGUUUCUUAUCGCGCUCCCUUUCACCAAACAGGAAAGAGGCGAUCAUCAGCUAUCUAUCAUUUCAUGUAUGAUCCUUCACAUUUCAUUUACUCUCCAAUGCGAAACCCGUAUUUUUUUAUUGGCGCGUUAUAUUGCCAUUCACGGCUUGUGCCCCUUUGCAUUUGUGCAUGAUUUAAUGUGUUCGAACGACUAACAAGUAACACACCAUUUUAUUUCUUUGUCUUUUUUCAGUUAUGCUGUCAUUUGUGCAGCCCAUGAUUUGUAAUACACAGAAUGCAUACAGCAAAGAUGUCUAUUGGAAUUUAUCUUCAUCAAAUUACUGUAAAAAAAGUAUAUAUUAAUCCUACACAAUAGUAAGUGUGAGAGCAACUAGAGUUUUUUAGCAACACAUUUAACAGCAUGAUGUCAUUUGGUAUUUAAUAUCUUUGUUCCUAGGGCAAGUAUAGCAGUUUAUAUUUUUAAACAAAUAAUACUAUUAAAAAUACCAUCAACUCU